CUUUCGCUCCUUGCUCCUUCGUCAGGGCUCAUCAAGCUCAAAAGCGAUGGAAAGCGCUAGCUAGCUAGAUCAAAAAGCGCUCAGAGACAACUUCAGAGAGCAUAAAAAGUUCAACCGAACAACCGAACACAAGCGUCGACUUCCCUUCUCUCAAACGCCCUCUAUCACUCAGUAUCUACUAAAAUAUUCAAGACCAUGGUAUCCUUGUUUUCUUUCUUCACCAAGAAAUGGGACAAAGGCGGCGGCCAAUGCAUGUCCUUUGAACCUGAGGUAGGCAAAGAUGGCAAGCCUAUACCCUUCCAGCACACCUGGAGGGAUUGUGAAGCCUGGGAUCACAUCUAUGCCCGAUAUCUCGCCAAGGGGGAGGAGGACGUGACGGACGUUACCAGUGCCACCAUGUCGGCUUCGUUCCUGAAUGAUUCUUCCAGUGGUGCUCGCCAGCGGUAUAGCGGAGAAGGAUUGGCCAUUGUGCGUCGCAAGGAAGAAGCCACCGGCCACACAAAAAGCAAGCAGACCAAAACCAACCUGAAAAAGAAGGGAUCCUCCAAGGCCACCAAGUUUCUGUGGGGCAAUCACUCUCUAGUCAAUGCCAAUCGCAAGCUGGAAGACAACAGAUUGGAAGCUCUCAAGAGAAGCCAAGAGCUGGAUGAAUUGGCCCGAUGGCACGCCCAAGCCAUGGCAGCCGAAUCGCGAGUGUUUCACUCGGACCCCAAGGAGCUUUGCGCCAAGCUAAGCCAAGAACCGGAGCGUCGGUUGGGUGAAAAUGUCUACAAGGGAAAGUCCACGGACAGCAUUCAGACUCGUCUGAUGAACCACCACUCCAGCUUUGCCAAUGUCAUUGAUGACCGAUACGUGGAAAUGGGAAUGGCAACAGCAAAGGAUAAGAAGGGGACAAUCUAUCUCUGUCAACUGUUUCGAGGAUAGAUUGAUUGAUGGCACUGUGCUCUGGGUUUUUGGAUUUUGAGUGGUCCCCAUUUAGAUAGCAGAUCUUUCCAUGUGUUGUGGUUCCCACUUUUGAUUGGCUCAGCUGUAAACAAUACAUGUACAUAAUGAUGAUUCAUUUG